AAAGGGCAAUGGCCGGAUGUAGCUCCUGGAGCAUUCUGGCAAAGCUUGGGCGUGCUCUAGUGGCGGUGGCCCUAUCCGUUCGUUUCGUGGCCCCCUUCACAAAGCCUGCUGUCCUGGCCUCCGCCAACACGAGUCUCGAUAUAGACUGGAAUGAAUGGGACAACAUAUCCGAUGCAGAAUGGAUGGAGAGUCCAAACGAUAUUUCGAAAGACACUGGCACAAACGGAGGUACUCUGGGAACCCUGGAAGAUCUUUCUUCAAGGUACGUGUUCCACUUCGUCGGAGAUAGCACCACCCGCCGUCUUGCGGAGAGCUUUGUGUCCAUCCUUACCGGCCAGGCCUCCCCCCAUUUCGUUGUCCACGAACGCAUCGACAUGUCCAGCGGAAGUCUCAAGGUCAUAUUUCACUGGGCACCGAUGUGUAUAGACGCACGAAGCAAGAUACAAGCGUCUAUCGACGAAAUUGUGGCGGCUCAGCUGAGAAACGGCGAUGCACGAGCCAUCAUCAUCACAGCAUUCGGUGUGCACAACGCUCACCGACUGUAUGGGGACCAAGCCGGAACGCUGCCGCGGUAUACGGCGCCCUCCUCACAUGAUACCUUCCGUGAGGAGGAUGCUGAGGCGGCGGCAUUGAAUGUGUGUGAGGAAGUCACUUCUCAACUAGUCCACGUGGCGAAUCUGACCGCCGGGCGAUCGGCGUCGGCAAACCAAGAGAAGUUGUACAGUCCCGGCCACCGGGGGCUUGAUGUAGCGGACGAAGGUGACCCGAAAUUCGGUAGACCACGCGGCACAUGGACAGGCGGCGGCGAUGUAUCGCUGUCAAUUGAUGACGAAGGACUGCCACCCCUUGUUUUCCUCUUGCAAAACAACCACUAUUUUCCCGGGUCUGAAGAAGACAGAUUCCUCGAACAUCUGCACGAUGUUCAGGACCGCGUUGUUCGACAGGGAGCCAAGGAUAUCGCCCGUCAUGGCGAGAACGCCGGCGUUUUCGUCUUGGACGACUGAGACUCCCUGUACAAACGAAUGUCGUGUUUCCGCAUGGGUGACUCCAUUCACUUUCAUGAGCCGGUCAAACUAGUUGAAGGGUAUAUGUUGUGGCAUCUUCUAGCUCUGGUAGACACUUGGAGCUGUUAGGUAUUUUUCGUGGCUCCUCGGGUGGACGGUCCCCCCUCAUCACGCACAAGAUGCUUUUCACGGUACCUGGGCUCAUGGUCAGCCAAGUUUGCCCCCUCUUCAACCCCCUGUCUGGAAUUACGUCAGGGGCUAUGUAGACAAUGCACGCCGUGCACGUACGGUGCCCUCUGUCCUCAACCAUGACGAACGCCCUGCACCGUUCUCAUUCCCCGAAUGCAGGACGAAUUGUGCGUCCUAAACAGGUGCAAGACUUGGGAAACGAAGGCAUGCGCCUGAUAUACCGAUAUUACUCGCAAGGCUAAGGCAAAGUAGACAAGAGUAAGAAUAAAGCUUAUGUCUCUCCGUUUUCAGGAAAGACCGACAGCUGUUGGUGCGUUGCCGGGUAAGUUUGGCGUGGCUUGACGGAAUAUAUCGAAGCAUGUCCAUCUGGUUCAGUAUGAGAUUCAGCUCUAGUUCGGGGCGUGAUGAACU